GGAGCUCUGGCAGGUGUUUAGGUGCACACAGUGCAGUGGGAGGAGGGGACAGCAAGUCAGGCUGGCAAUGAAGGGACAUCUCUCCACUCAAGUGCUGUGGCUUCUUCUCCUCACAAUUCAGAUCAUAGCAGGUGCUGAUGAACUGAGGCUGGCAGAUGGAGGCAGCCCCUGUGCUGGGAGAGUGGAGGUUAAACACCAGAAUCAGUGGGGGACGGUGUGUCAUUUUCGCUGGGACAUGGCAGAUGCUGGGGUUGUCUGUAAGCAGCUGGGAUGUGGAUCUGCUGUCAGUGCCCCAGGCAAAGCUCAUUUUGGAGUAGGAUCUGGACCAAUUUGGCUGGAUAACGUUGCCUGUCAUGGUACUGAGUCCGCUCUCUGGCACUGCGGGAGCAGGGGAUGGGGUAAGCAUUACUGUGGUCAUGGCUCGGAUGCUGGAGUGACCUGUUCAGGACACAUUAAGCCCCGGCUGGUUGGAGGGCAUAGUCCCUGUUCGGGACGUGUGGAAAUAAGAGAUGGAGAAACAUGGACCACAGUCUGUGAUGCCCACUUUGAUUUCAAAGCUGCCAACGUUAUCUGUAAUGAACUACAAUGUGGAACAGCUCUGUCUAUCCUAGGAGGAGCUCACUUUGGAGAAGGACAUGGACCAAUCUGGACUGAAGCAUUCCGGUGUGCGGGGAAUGAGUCCCACCAUGCGUAUUGUCCCCGGAUAUCGCACAUCAGUCAGACAUGCUCACACGCAAAUGACGUUGGAGCCAUAUGCUCAGGGCAUACAGGGCUCCGGCUGGUGAAUGGCAGCACAGCGUGCUCAGGGAGGGUGGAGAUGCAGGUUCUUGGUGCCUGGGGAACCCUCUGUGACUCACGCUGGGAUUUACCGGAUGCCAACGUUCUCUGUGGUCAGCUCGACUGCGGCUUCGCUGUAUCAGCCUUAGGAGGGUAUUUUGGAAGGGGAACUGGCUCUGUCUGGAAAGACACAUUUCACUGUAAAGGGACUGAACCCCAUUUGGGCCAUUGUCCUGUUACUACCCUGGGGGCCUCUCAGUGCUCCCAUGACAAUGAUGCCAGCGUAGUUUGCUCAGGUCGCUCUGAAUCAUCUAGACUGCUGAAUGGAGAGAGCCGGUGCGACGGAAGAGUAGAGAUUUCCCUCCGUGGUGUGUGGGGCAGAGUGCUGGUUGACCAAUGGGACAUGAACGAUGCCAGUGUGGUAUGCAGGGAGCUCCAGUGUGGAGUCGCUGAGAAAGCUUAUAACCCCCCUAAGUCUGAGCGAGGAACGGGCCCUGUGGGGCUGCGAAGGGUCCAGUGUGCAGGAAAUGAGACUCAUCUGACUCUCUGUGACAACUCCACAUCUGAGACAGCCCAGACAGGAAUUGCUGAGGACGUUGGUGUCGUUUGCUCAGGGAGCAGGCGGAUCAGAUUGGUAAAUGGGGCAGGUCGCUGUGCCGGGAGAGUGGAGAUUUAUUACAAUGGCAGCUGGGGGACAGUCUGUGAUGAUUUCUGGGACCUACUGGACUCCAGUGUUGUUUGCAAACAACUGGGAUGUGGACUCGCCAUCAAUGCAACUGUCUCUGCUCAUUAUGGGCAAGGAUCCGGGCAGAUCUGGCUGGAUGAUGUGAACUGCUCCGGGAAUGAAUCCGAUCUCUGGGCGUGUCCUUCCAGGGGCUGGGGCCAGCACAACUGCAGACACAAAGAGGAUGCAGGAGUUCUCUGCUCAGAGUUCACAGAUCUGAGGCUGGUGAGCGACAGUGACUGUGCAGGGCGGCUGGAGGUUUUCUACAAUGGGACGUGGGGCAGUGUUUGCUCCAAUCAGAUGUCUGGAGUCACCCCAGCAAUUGUCUGCAAACAGCUGAACUGUGGGGACGGAGGGCAGAUUGCAAGAGACUUUGAAUAUGGAGCAGGUUCUGGUCCCACGUGGCUGGACCAUGUUGCAUGCAGUGAGCAGCACAGCUCCCUCUGGCAGUGCCCGUCCGAGCCCUGGGAUCCAAAGUCAUGUGAUAACCGAGCAGAAGAGACCCAUAUUUCUUGCACUGGAAAAAAAGUGAAACCACCUCAGACCACAUUUGCCGUAUGCCCAAACUCUACGCGCUGCACAGACAAGGAGAAGUUACGUGUCGUGGGAGGAAAGGACAGAUGCUCGGGGAGAGUGAAGGUUUGGUACCGUGACUCCUGGGGAACGGUUUGUGAUGACUCCUGGGACAUGGCGGAUGCGAACGUUGUGUGUAAACAACUGGGCUGUGGCUCUGCUGUAUCUGCGCUGGGCAAAGCUGCAUUUGGCGAGGGAACUGGUCCCAUCUGGGUGGAGACGUUGAAUUGCAGAGGGACAGAGUCAUCUCUCUGGGACUGUCCUGCCAAGCCCUGGGGUGAGAGCAACUGUGGUCAUAAGGAAGAUGCUGCCGUGAAUUGCUCAGGUCUGACAGAGAGGACAGAUGCUCUGAGUACUCCAGCUCCCCCGCGCCGCCCUCCAACUGACAGUGGGAGAGUCACGGUGCCCGUGGUCGUCUGCAUUAUCCUGGGGGCCCUGCUCUGCCUGGUCUUAAUCAUCCUGGGGGCGCAGGUGCGAAGUGCCAGGGCACAGCGCAGAGGCUCCAGAAAACCCUUGGAUCCCUUCUCUGAGGCCGUGUACGAAGAGAUUGAUUAUAACCUGAGGAGAGAGAAGCAGGAGAUGUUCAGUCGCUCAGUCUCCUAUUCAGAUGACUCAGUGAGGAAGCUGCAGUAUUACACCGGGGACAGUGAGGGGGAAAACGAUCCUGGAUCAGAACAAGAGGGAGCUUCCCCGGGGGGGUCUCAGCUGGAUUACGAUAAUGUGGAGGAGCCUGCCUUGAACGACGUCCCCCAGACUCCAGACGGCCGAGAUGCCCCUGCGCUGCCUGGAGAUGUCCCAGGGGAUGGUUAUGAUAAUGCCAGAGAAGUGUCUGACCCUGAAGAUGAAAUUGGCUUGGAGCAGAAUGAUGAAGAAGGCACUGAGGCAAGUGACAGGAACGGGGAUUCACAAACAGGUUGGAAUCUGCACUCACUAAGGAAUGAAGCUGUUUCUGGGAUGGAGAAGGAAACCCCGUUGCUGCCUCCUGGAGAUACAAGUUACGAUGAUGUGGGACACGGUGACUCUGGGAGAUCAGUUUCAGAACAAUGUGAUUGGACAAAAUAACCUUGUGAUGAUGUAAAAGCUUUGCCUUUUUCUCUGAGAUCAUGUUUCCUUUGGCAUGAUGUCCAGAGACAGUCUCUGCCUGGUAGAUAGACAAAGCAGGUGUUUUUACAGAAUUUGUGAGAAGUUGCAGGAAAUUCAACUGCGAGUGGGAAAAGAUUCACAAAUUUCCUCUGUAUAACUUCCCACUGAUUGGCCAGGAUGGAAUUUUUUAUCCCUGUAAUUUCUUCAACUUCAUUUUGUAUCUUGUUCUUAUUAAAUCCUUUCUGAAAGUCUUCCCCAGAGUGGAAGUUUUUCUUGCCAGAUGAAUUGCGCGGUUUCCAGUGUUCAUGACGGGGAGAGGCUGACAUUGAACAAACCAAAAGACAAGGAUGGGCCACCUCUGGGUAUGGCCGGCUGUUUGAUAGGGAGGUGAGUUUACACUG